UAAAUCGGCCUAAUUCGUAAAACAUUAAAAAUCGCUUUAAAAACUAAAAGUCUAAUAGCCGGUUUCAGUAAUAAAAAAUCUACAAAUGAAUAAAUUAGAUGAAUAAUAAAUGAAUAUAAAUAAUGCAUUAAUCAUACCGUUAUGUUGUAGGGCACGCGCAGCUUGGGAGAAGGCGUUCAUUGAGCCUACGUCACUUCGUAUUAGUUCCGCUGCUCGUUUUUUAUUUUUUAGACCAGUUGGGUCUUUUAUUUUAAUUUGAUCGUUUUAGUUUCUACUGUACGAUGUUUUAUUUUAGUAUUGUGAUUUUUGGUCACCCAUAAAAAAACAUUUAUGUCAAAAGAGUCCUCACUUUAAUCGGACUCCAUACAAAGCAACGCCACAUUCCGGCGAUGUAUUAAUUUGUUAAUAAUUUAUUACUAAAUCUAUUUCUCAUUUGUAUUAUUUUAAAUAAACGCGAUUAGUAUUAAAAAAAGAAAUCGAUUUUGUCCCAUUACAAAACGACGCAUGACGUUGACGUGGUCAUCUGCGUAUCACCUUAAACGUCGAUCACUAGGCAACGAGCGCGUAGCGUACCUUCUACAAACAACAAACAUUGAUUUGACGAGCCGCUGGAUGAGACGGAGCGAUCUUCAGAUUUGCAUUUUCCAUUUCUUGACUUUAUUGAUACAUUCAUUUCGUUAAUUUAUUCAUUUAUCAAUACAUUUUCAUCUGAAUUACUCAGUGUCAUAAUUUUGUCUGGUUUUAACAUUUCUUGUUUUUAACGUAUUCUCAGUCCGUGAGUUGUUAUUUUCACAGGUCAGAUGACAUCGUUCAUCGGAGGAAGCUCUUGUGGAGCUGGCGUACCGAGGGAUCAGAUCGCCUCGUUGUUCGUGGGGGACCUUCAUCCAGAAGUGUCCGAGUUCGUCCUCCAUCAGACGUUCAGCCCGUUCGGUCCGAUCCAGUCCGUGCGGGUCUGCAGAGACAGGGUGACUCGGCGAUCCCUGCGGUAUGGUUAUGUUAACUUUGUUAACAUCGCCAAUGGUAAGUUUUCUCUCCGUUCUUCACCUUGACAUCUUGGUAAUAAACAUUUGAAUUUGAAAUUUCAGCCUUGUGUAUUUUUCUCCUCGAUGUUGUUUCCUGUAAAUCAUCUUUAAAUUAGGCUAUGUGAAGUGUGCCGUACAAACAAACUUGCUAGGUCUUGUCUCUUAUCAACUCUGUCUUUCAGCUGAGAGCGCCAUGGACAGCCUGAUGUGUCAGGAUCUUCUGGGCAGACCCAUGCGGAUCAUGUUCUCCCAGCGUGAUUCCACUCUGAGGACGACUGGGGUCGGGAACAUCUUCAUCAAGGGUCUGGCCAGCAGCAUCGAUGGUGCCAGCCUUUAUGACUGCUUCUCAAUUUUUGGGAAGAUCCUGUCCUGCAAGGUGGUCUGCGAUGCACAUGGAUCCAAAGGUUAUGGAUUCGUCCACUUUGCCACCUUUGAAGCGGCAGAGAAGGCCAUCAAAGCGCUUGAUGGCAUGUUGUUGGACGACCAGCUAGUGUCCAUUGGCCACUUUAAAACCUUUCAAGAGCGUCAUGUUGAGCAGCAGGUCAUGGCUCAGGACAACGAGAGGCACUACCCGUUGAUGAUGGAGGCCGGACGCAGCCGAGGCUUUGGAUUCGUCAGCUUCUCCACCCUCAACGAUGCGACCACGGCCGCGUCUGUCAUGAACGGGCGAGUGGUUCAAAAACGCCUUGACGUUCAGCCUGAAAACCAGCUCGCGCUCCAGCCCGUCAGUCGACAGACAGCAGCGUGCGACCUCGCUCAGAACAAAUGGAUCUAUGGCAGAAAAAUCCCGCGGAACAAGACCAACAUGAAGCUUUGA